AUGCCUCGACUCUCCCAUGCUCUCCUAUUCAGAGCUUACAAUAUCUCGCCUUUAUUACCAUUAAUUCUCCGAGAAACACGAACACUCUCAUCUGCUAUCAAUGAGUUACGAUGGCUACGCGAACACGUCGAUAGCACGACAAGCCUUCAUGCUCUUAACCAAAAGUGGAGGUCUUUGCUAAAACUAUGUCAAAGACGUGCCAGAGGGGAACCACUGCAAUACAUACUUGGCACCCAGCCUUUUGGGGAAUUGGAAAUCAAAUGCAAGCCUGGAGUACUUAUACCUAGACCAGAAACAGAGGCAUAUACAACACAUUUGGCAGAACUUCUUGUCAAAGCUAGGCCUUUUUUCUAUGAAGAGUGCAAAAGUCAGCAGAACUCACUGAAGAUCAUAGACUUUUGUUCAGGAACUGGUUGCAUUUCCCUGCUUUUAUACUCUCUUCUGACUAAAGUAUACCCCAAGCUUGAGAUCGUUGGUCUAGAUAUCUCCAGCAAAGCGCUUAAUUUAUCAAACCGAAACGUCCAUUUUAAUGCUCUCAAAGCUUCUGCACAGCAAAGUGUCAGUUUUGAAUUCGCUAAUGUACUUGGGGAUGAGCAAACGAUCCUAGACAAAUGUAGAGGCGUCUGCGAUGUAAUCAUAUCUAAUCCUCCAUAUAUAUCAGAAGAAGGAUUCAACAAAGAAACGACACGAUCAGUGCGAAAUUGGGAACCAAGACUUGCACUGGUCCCAAAUGCAUCGAAGCUAGGUACCAUAUGUUCAAAUGACAAUAUUGAGAAUGUCCCUAAAGUGAAAGCUGAGGACAUUUUCUAUCAUCGAUUGCUCCAUUUAUAUCUCCUGUUGAAGUCGAAAAUUCUUGUGAUGGAAGUAGGAGAUGAGGCCCAAGCAAGGAGAGUUGUUGAAAUGGCAACGCGCUCUCCAGAUAGGAUUGAGAUAUGGAGAGAUUGGCCAGAUCAACACGAAUCUGAAAACGGAAGAGCAAAGUACAUGGUCAUUGACGAUCACGAAGUAGUGAUCAAAGGGUCCGCAUUGGUAGUAAACAUCAAAGACAUUCCAGAAGCAUUCUAA